AUGAAUGUUGGGGGGUCUCUUUCGGCGCAAGAAGCAGCAGCAGCUGCUGCGGCAGCAGGAGCAGCAGCAGCAGCCCCUGCGCCCUUUCUCCAUCCUUCUCUUUCAGGAGCAUCAUGGCUUCCCUCUGCUGCCUCUCCUGCUGCAGCAGCAGCAGUUCCUGCAGCAGCAGCAGCACCAGCAGCAGCAGCAGCAGCCCCUACAGAAGCAACAGCAGCAACAGCAGCAGCAGUCCCUGCAGCAGCAACAGCAAUAGGUGCUGCUGCUCCCUCUAUGGGGGUAUCUCCACAAUGGGGGCCCCCUUGGGGGCCCCCAGGGGGUCCCCUUGGGGGCCCCCAGGGGGCCCCCUUGCCCUGGGGGCCCCCAUCAGUAACAGGGUACCCUCAGGGGGCCCCCCCUACGCCUCAGUUGGAGGCAAUUAAUGUUCGGGUGUCUGCAUUAAUGGACUUGUACCAGCAGCAACUCGUUGAGCUCAACGCGGCGCACACGACGCUCCUCGAGGACCAGGGUCAGCUCGCGCGUCUAUUGGCGCCUUAUUUAGACAGCGACGGGAGGCCCUUGCUGCCGCUGAAUGAAGAUUUGCUGCUAUUAAAGAGAGGCAUUGAUCUUAGGCUUCUAGAGUUCGAAGAAGACUGCAAAAGGAUCCAAAAAACUGAAAAGACUCUGCAAAGACAGUUGGAUGAUUUGUCGCUGGGCUACGAUGCGAUGGUCUUAGAAGCGCAGGGGUUUGCUGAGUCGAAGUUAAUGGGGCAGGUGAAGGACCUCAGGAAAAUCAUCUAUUUGCUACAAAUGGAGUUAGAUGAAUUGCAUUUUCAAAGAGAUAUCUCAGCAGAAGAAGCAAAAAGACUGAGGGCUGUUUGCCGCUAUGGAGAUUGGGUCCAAGACGGUCUCGCCGAUCCUCUCGAGCCGCCUCAACUCACCCCCCGUACUCUCCAUCAGAAAUACAGCGGGGCGCCAGUGCAGCCAGUGUCUCGCGCAAUUUGUAGCAAGACUAUAUCUAAACCCCUUCGUACUUCUGCACAGCAGCAGCAAAAGAUAGACGAGAGAGAGGGGGGGGCCCCCAAGGGGCCCCCGCCUGAUGAUGAUGAUGCAGCAACUGAAGAUAAGGGGGCCCCCGUAUGGACUCGUAUUCUUUCAGGGUGGCUUUCAGGAGCAAAAGAAGACAGCAAGGGGCCCCCUAAGGGGGCCCCUAAAGGGGGGGCCCCCAAGGAGGGGGCCCCCAAGGGGGCCCCCAGGGGGCCCCCCAAGGGGGCCCCAAGGGCGGGGGGCCCCAAGAGGGGCCCUAAGGAUGAGGUGUAUGAAGAGACGGUAGAAGCAGAGGGGCCCCCUAUUAAAGAAAGAAAUGGAUAUGAAUGGAGGCCUUCAGCUUAUGAAGUUGAUAGAGACAGAUAUAUAGAUAGAGACAGAUAUAGAGACAGAGAUAGAUAUAUAGAUAGAGACAGAUAUAUAGAUAGAUAUAUAGAUAGAGACAGAGAUAUGUAUUUCGAUAGAGAUAGAGGCAGAGACAGAUAUAUUAUAGACAGAGACAGAGACAGAGACAGGGAGGGAGAGAGUUAUAUUGAUAGAGACAGAUAUAUAGACAGAGACAGAGACAGAGAUAUACACUUCAACAGAGACAGAGACAGAGACAGAUAUGGGGGUAUAUACGAAGACAGAGAAGGAGAGCGCGACAGGUAUAGAGGGCAAACGAGAAAAGUUAGAGAGGACAGAGACACAGCCAAACCAUCAAGAGAGGGGGCCCCACGCUCUCAUUCGAUUCGCACUUCAGCUGCUGCAUACGAGGGGCCCCCUGAGGGUAGAAGGGGUUCAGGGGGCCCUAGAGAUGAGGGGCCCCCUAGGCGUUGGAGGGCCCCCCCUUCACUGCCUUCGAGCUGGUCUGAGGAGAGUUUAAAGUGGAGGGGGGGCCCCCAUAGGGGCCCCCAUGGGGGCCCCCUAGGGGCCCCCGGAGUUCGUCAUUCUCGCAGCGACGAGGGGCCCCACAUGCACUCUGAGAUUGAGGGGGGCCCCCCUGCUGUAUCAAAGGAGAAGAGGGGGGCCCCCCAGUUGGAGGGGGGCCCCCAGGGUUCGCAGGGUAAUAGGAAGCAGCAACAUGAGGGGGCCCCUUCCUCAGCAAGCAGCAGAGAUUCAGCAAAAGAGUAUAGCCGCACCAACAAUACAAAGCAAGCAUGGGGGCCCCCCUCACGUCUUCCUAGCAAAGACACAACAGGGGCCCCCAGGGGGCCCCCCUCUGACUAUGGCUUACCUGUUGGGGGCCCCGCAGAGCAACUGUUAAGUAGAGUUCAGAGGCUGGGAUCGAGAACGAUCCCGUCUCCCCAGUUGGUCUCCCCUGCGACUUCUCAGCGGGGUGCGGGGCCCCCGGGGGCCCCACAGCAUCAGGGGGCCCCCGCUGGGGGGCCCCAUGGGGGCCCCCAAGGGGGGCCCCCCUCUCUAUUGCUCUCUAGGCAGGCAUCUUCUUCUGCUUUCUUGGGGUCUGUUGAAGGGGGAGGGGUUCAGGGGUCUCACCGCAGCGGAGACAGUGGGGCCUCUGUUAGAGAGGCGGGCCCCCAGGGGCCGCCCUCAGCUCCUCGCAUGCAUGCAGCAGGCAUGGGGGCCCCUGGGGGGGCCCACUUGAUAAGAAGGACGAGCAGUUUAGAAGAGCAGAGAAGCAAAAGAAAUGCAGAGGGAGAGGGGGGCCCCCAUAGUGAUGGAGGCUCUGUCUCUAGUGCUGGGGGGCCCCCCGUCUCUCCUUUAGAUUUAUCUCGUCUAAGGGGGCCCUUAGAAGAGAGACAUUAA